UUUGCUGAAUGUGUGUCAGUUUGUGCUUCUGUUAAGAGAAAUGGGGUUCAACAGGAGGUUUGCGUCUCUUUGUUGUCCUGAGAUUUGCGGUGCGUCUUCGGAAGCUUUAGCAAAAAGCACUCCGAGCCGCUCGAGAAAGAGCAAAACAGCGAAAACUGACGCUGCAGCCACUGCCCCCCCAACGGCGGCCUCGCAGGCUGAAGCUACAGCUCCUCCGCAGAGCUCCUCUGCCAAGGUCAUUGCAGAUAACAUUACUUCUCCAGCCUCAAUGGCUAACAAGGCAGCCCCCCCUUCUUCACACACUGGACACUGUUGCUGCUGUAACCACAGUAAUCACUGUGACAGUCAUUCCGACUCUGGAAAUAAAUCAAAUGAUGGUGAACCCAUAUCAGCAUCAGUUGCUGGUUGUAAGAAAGUCACUAGAAAGACUACCUGUGCAGCAGAUGAUGGCACAGGGCCAACAUCAACCCAAGGUGCAUCAUCAGGACAGGGAGGAGAUGAAGUGACCACCACUCGGUCCUUUUCUCCAGGUGAACUGAGAGAUCUGCGAAAAGACUUCAGUCGUCGUGAAGGCGAGAAUAUUUUAACCUGGCUGCUCCGAUGCUGGGACAAUGUGGCAGAAACAAUUGAAUUGGAAGGUGGUGAAGCCAGGCAGCUGGGAUCUCUGUCAAGAGAUUCCACCAUUGAUAGGGCAAUUUCAAGAGAGUCUAACGCCACUACUCUCUGGACCAGACCCCAGUGUCCCUGGAGCUGUAGGAUUUGUGGCUCUUGGAACCCUAACACCAGAACCCUCAUCACGAGUCCCCACCACCUCUACUCCCACAGUGACCACCGCUGCAGCACCACAACCCUCUCUGCCACCACCAUCAUCACUACCACUAUCAGCAACAUCAUCCCCUACGGCCCCCACCACUCCUUACCACAACUACCAUCUCCACCAUCACUUCCACCUAUGCCACUACCAACAACCCCCCCACCUUCCCCAACACCAGUCCCCCAACUACCACUGUUACAACCAAGACCAACCCUUACCCUCACUACCAGCACCACCACCAUGAGCACCACCCUCAUUAGCAUCCCAGCACAAACAUCACCUCCACCACUCCCACAAUCACCAACCCCUACCAACACCUCUGCAACCACCACCCUGCCCAAAACCCCCACUACCUCCAACAGCACCAGCAUCACCACCCUCACCACCACGCACACCACCACCCCCACAACCACCCAAACCAUUCCCACCCCCACCAACUCCACCAUCUCCACCACAACCACCACCGCCGCACCCACCACCCUCAGCAACAGCACCGCCACCACCAGUAUCACCGCCACACUCACCCCCACCUCACCAAUACCACAACUAACCCCACCCACCACAUUAGACACCCCAACAAGCACCCCCACAACACUCAAUACCCCCACAAUGAGCCCAAAUCAUCAACCCCCCACCUACCACCUAUUCUACCUCCACCACCACUGGCCCAACCACCACCAUGACCACUACCAUCCCCUCUACCCCUACCAUGCCCUCCACACUAACAAACCGCCCCCACCACAACCCCCCACCUCUAUGACCACUCCCAUCCCUACCACCCCCACUACCACCAUCAUCCCCAUCACCUCCACCACCCCCACAACCACUAGUACCCCCCCAAGCACUCCCAUAACCACGACUACCACCCCCACUACCAUCAUCAUCCCCAUCACCUCCACCACCCCCACAACCACCAGUACCCCCCACACCACUCCCAUAACCACAGCUACCAUCCCCACCAUCACCCCCCCCACCACCACAAGCAUCCACGCCACCACUCCCACCGCAAGCUCCACCACCCCCACUAAACCCACCAGCACCUCUCCAGGCACCAUCUAA